CCGGGCUGGGGUGCUUGUCUGAAUCUUGUUGGCUGAAUGUGGUUUCGCCGCGACCAUAAUGGCAUGGCUGAAUGGCCUCUGAUUGGAACAUGUGCAGACUGGAGAUUGGUCGUCAUACAAGGCAUAAUUGGAGGCUGAAUGUCUGGCGAGGCUGUGGCCAAGCUGGCGGCUGAUUUUAACCCCGCCUCGAGCUGACACCUUGCACACGGCCGUCUUCUCUCCUUAACCGAAUCGAACCGGACGAUCCUUCGAAGUGAAUAACCUCUAUCCUGGAGUCUGGGUCUUAUCUCGCAAAGGCCCAUCAAGUGCGACAUGGCGGAGGCCUUGGGAGCUGUCGCGAGCUCUAUCGCACUCGCCGAAGUCGCGCUCAAGACAUUGAGCUUUUUGAGAGAAAUUAAGGGAGUCCAGGAUGCUUUCGAGGACUUGAGGCAGCAAAUCACUAUACUCGGUGAUCUGGUCAGAUGUGCUCAGACGAUUCCCGGCUUGAUUCCUCUCGAGCAUUCAGCACAGCCCUCGUCCAGAGACUCACAAAUAUUCCGAACAGCUAAGCAGCUCAAAGAGGUCGUCGAUGAACUUGAUAAAAUUGCUGUUAGUUGUACACGAACCACCUUCAACAAGACAUCCAUGGUGAACAAGCUACAAUGGAUUCGCUCUGCCCGAGAAAUUGAACACUUGUGCGAAAAGGUCCGGGACGCAAAGUCGAAUCUACAUUUGGCUAUUCAACUCCACCAGGGUGCUAUUCAAUUCCAUCAAGGCGCUAUGUUGACACAAUUCCGCACCGAGAUUCUCAUGGAACUUGAGUCAUUUAAGCGAUUUCAACUCAGUCUUUUGCGUCCAAAGGGUUCACCCGAGAUUCAAGAGUUGGCCAUGAAUCCAGUGUCAAUAACGGCGAGCCAAAUCCAUGACAAGAAGACUGGUGGAGUUGAGGGGAUUGAAGACGACGUUGAAGAUAUGCCAGUCACGAAUCUAGGCUUGCGUCACUCAACCUCGAGUUCUGGCAACGGGGUUUUUGCGACCUCAGUGGGAGAUUCGAGGCAUUUGCAACUUCGAACCCUCGUGCCCCUACGACGAUCGCAACGCCUAAAAGGCAGCCGGUGUCAAUGCCGCUCUAGCCAGCAACAAUACCAGUCGGCAAAUUGGUUUCAACCCCUGUUGGGUUCUUACUUUUUUCGAUACCACACAAUUGACAGCCAAGAACGAUUCCCACGCAAGCGAGCAUGCAAUUGCAGGGAAGGAGCCUAUCUUACCAUGGAAUACCGGUUACCGCAAUGGCUUUUGGCCAAGAUGGUGUUGUUCAAAGGCUCAUACAGCCAAUCGAUGAGUUUGAGCUGCGAAAUACGCCCUACCCGCAUCUUGCCUUCUUUUCAUUAUGUAUGGGCUCAUGCAUCACAACCAGUCCAUGUUUUCCAAGCUGCCAUUGAGCAUGGAAAUGUCUACUUCCCAGAUGACCAAAAUGAAGAUGGUCAAGGGCUACUUGAGUUUCUGAUUGGUGUGGGCUCUUUUAAGACGGUAGAAAUGUUAUGGAAUGAGUGGAAGAACAUGUUGCCAAAUGAAGCUAGGAGAGUGGUAUACCGCGUUAAUCUUGUACUCAAGAGGUGGGAUGGCCUCACCGACCAAGAAGUCAAUAUACUCCAGCAAGUGAAGGCAUGGGUAUAUGAUGGAGCGGAACCGACAACAGAAGUUCACGAAGCAGUCAUGGAAGGUCGUGGCUUGGUGGACGCCAUCCAAAGAGACAGGUGGGCCGUCGAUCUGAUAGCUGAAAAUGCUGAUAUUGAUGCCAAAGACUGGCAAGGAUUUUCACCACUGAUACACGCUGUCCUGUCAGGGGACCUGGAGUGCAUGAAGCUCCUCCUUGAAGCUAAGUGCGCAUCAGCAUCAGCUCGAGGUGCGUUGAAUGGGACAGCUGUGCACUCACUGGCACUCUCCUCAAGAGACCUCGAAACGACGAGAGAGAUCCUGAACCUACUAUCGAUAACCAAAGAUUUCGAUCUCGAAGCUCGAAUUAAUGGAGGAGCAGCACCAACGAUGUAUGCGAUGCUUUGUGAUAACCUCCCAGUCUUGCGCUGCCUCGUUGAGAUUGGAGGUUCGCUUCAUUCAGUCGACGAUUCGUGGAACAUGCUCCACACCGCCGCGAUGUAUUGCAAUUCAGAGAUCCUGGAUUAUCUAAUUAAACUAGAGCUCAUAGGCAUCAACACUAAGCUGCGUGACAAGGAUGGUGAUACCCCCUGGGAUUCCUUCUGCUACGUUCUUAACAUCCCUGAAUGGGAACUCGGCCGCUUUCGACGACCAACCUCUGAGGAGCAGCAAAGUUUUGUCCGACUCUACAGGGGUAUUCGAGAUAGAAACUUGCAGCACGAUAUCCAAAUCUUGGUCCGCCUUCACGCAGCAUUAUUGAAGGAAGAUGGAGAGGCUGCGUGCGCCGACCUGGCCCUCUUGAUCAAGGAAAAAAAGGAGAUGAAGAUGGAUGAUUUAGUGGGGUAUUAUCGCGGAAUCCGACGACAAAUUCAAGAAGGCAUGUGGGAAUCGCCAAUCGCGGCUGUCGAGGAUGACCUGGAAGAUUUGAAGGCGGAACUAGAAUCUUCACCAUGGGACAAGAAGUCCAAGUAUGAUUUGAUUUAA